UUCUGAGCCCAGAUUGGCGUAUUCCUCUAGAUCUAAAGAAUAAUCCAAUCUGAGCUUUGAGCUCAGAAAACUUUCAACAGUUGCAAAAUAAACGUUCUGGUUUGCUAUGAACUACGUGUAAGCAUUUGUUUUUUAAUCUAAAAAAUGAGGUUUAGUUUUCAACAAAAUUUCAAGCAGUUGUGUAGGUCAUGGCAUUUUUGGCUACACACGUUGCCUGCAGAAGCGUUAGAAAAAAAUGUGCGUGGUGCAAAACACGUUUUACCAGAACCGGAAUAUAAUACAGACUUUUUAUGCAACCCUGCAAACCGUGACGUUAUUUUCAACAAUAUCAAAAGAAGAAAAGGUAUUGGAGAUAUCGAUAAAGUUCUCGAAUAUUCCGGCAAUCCCGAGAAGAGAGAGUUGCUCCUACAGGAAUUAAGCAAGAUACCAAACUGUACGCAUCCCACGGUACGUGAGUAUGGUGAUAAACCGAGAUUGUUGAAGGAGUGUGGCAGGAAGCCAGAAUUUGACUUUGAGCCACAGGAGUUUGUCGAACUCGCCACUAAUUUGAAGGCGAUAAGAACGCAUACGUUGGGUCCUGUUACUGGACAAAGAAGCUACAUGCUCUUAGGAGAUCUGGCAGAAUUAGAAGAAGCAUUGAUUCAGUAUGCACUUAGAAGGUUGUUGAAGCAUGGAUUUAAGUUAUUGUCGGUGCCUGAUAUCAUCCCUACUAAAAUUAUCGAGAGAUGUGGUUUAAUAGUAGACAAUGGUCGUACCUUGGUAUAUAACUUGGAUUCUCAUUACGGUGACAACUAUAGCUUGUCUGGAACUGCGGAAAUGUCAUUAGCCGGCAACGUGAUGAAUAGUACAUUUUCCUAUGACGUGCUACCAAUAAAAUUGGCCGCUGUCAGUCGAUGCUACCGUGCGGAGGGAUCGGGCGCUCUGGAUGAAAGAGGAAUCUAUAGAGUUCAUCAGUUCACCAAAGUGGAAAUGUUUGUUUGUUCCGAGCCAAAUCAAUCCGAAGAGAUGUUUCAAGAUCUUCAAAACAUACAGGAAGAAUUGUUUUCCUCAUUAGGAUUGCACUUCCAAAUAAUGGAUAUGCCAUCUCUUGAUUUAGGUUCACCAGCUUAUAGGAAAUGUGACAUGGAAGGCUGGAUGCCUGGAAGAAAGUUGUAUGGUGAAUUGUCCAGUUGUAGUACGUGCACGGAUUAUCAGUCAAGACGUCUUAAUAUUAGAUAUAGGACAAAAGAUGGGAAUAUGAAACACGUGCACACGCUGAAUGGAACCGCGUGCGCGAUACCUCGCAUGUUGAUCGCAUUGUGCGAAACGUAUCAGACGAGUCACCACCGUAUCACGGUACCGAACGAGUUAGUGCCUCUGAUGAGGGGAAAAACUCUCAUUAAGAAGCAACCGAUCGCAGAUAUGAGACCUUACAAGUAUAAACAAAAAUUAAAUAUAAAACAGAAAGCCGAAUAAAGUGUAAAUACAAGAGAGAAGCUGUUUCACGUGCCGUGCGCAUGAAUGAGUACUGUAAGUGUAGAUUGAACAAAUUUCCCUUUUAGAUCAAGUUCCUAAAAAAAAAAAAA